AUGGAGACUAAAAAUCAUCUUGAAAUUAUAUCUAAAUUGCGACAACGUCUUUUACGUCUUAUUAAACUGGGCGAACCAAAUCAAUUACAUGCAACAACACCAACAAAUAACGAUCAUAAUACUAGACCACCGGUUGAUUUAACAGCAAAUGUUGAAGAAUAUGUUCGAUGUCUUUUCAAUACAUCAUGUUCCUUAGAAAAAUUUAUUCAAAACGUACAGUUGACAUUAAAUGUUACCAUUAAAAGUAGUUUAAGUCUUUUUCUUGUUGAAACAAUUCCACUUGCACAUCAAUAUUUACAACAACACCAAUAUGAUUCACUUUCAUGGGAUACAUUUAAAACGAUUCCAUUACAAGCAUCAUAUUCUACUAUGAACUCUAAUACAUCUCAUCAGUCGACAAAUAUGACUCAAUUGCCAUCGUUUCAACAAGCUCGUUUUCGCCUGCCACAGUCAUAUCCACAAUUAAUUGAUCUUACUUCAUCAUUGCCAAGUCGAUAUACACCAGCACAAACAUUUAUAACACCUAACAUGCGAGCAGAUGCUAAUUCUUAUGAACAAAAAUUAAUUUAUCGAUUUGCUCGACAGAAUUUUUAUUUAAAUCCAUGUGGUGAAAAGUUAUUUUUACAAACAUUAUAUACAUUUCUUAAACAUAUCAUUCGACGUCUUCGUUUCUUUACUCAACAUCGUAGUGAUACAAGAUUCUUAAAUUCAAAUGCCUACGAAAUGACAAGUAAUACACGCGAACAAAUACGUUUUCUAAUCGAAUUAAAUAAAAUACAAAAUGGUGAAGCAAAUAAUAAUCUCAAUAUGAGCAUAUUUCAACGAAAACCAGAAAUGCUAAAUAUAAUUGAAGAAGAUUUAAAAGGAACACGAACACGUGAAUAUCGAACAUCUAUUAUUGAACAAUUGCGACAAAAAGAAGCCGAUGAAACCGCAUGUCUUGUCUUACGUGACACUCGUCUGAAAAGAAAAAAAUUAACAGAUAACAAUCCAAAUAUGACGCCAAUAAGAAUUCUUCGAGCAAGUUUACAAGAAUUGAUUGCUGUUAUGGAAAGUGAACCUGUUUUAAAACGAUCGAAAACAUUACUAUAUGCUAAUGCAAAUAGAUAA